AUGUCUGAUUUCGACGUCCAAACUCCAACUGCAUUUGAUCCUUUUGCUGAUGCAAAUGCUGAGAAUUCUGAUGCUGGGUCAAAAGACUAUGUCCACAUUCGCGUACAGCAGCGGAAUGGUAGGAAGAGCCUGACUACUGUGCAGGGUUUGAAGAAGGAAUUCAGCUAUAAUAAAAUACUCAAGGACCUUAAGAAAGAGUUUUGCUGCAAUGGUACUGUUGUUCAGGACCCAGAAUUAGGCCAGGUUAUUCAACUUCAAGGUGAUCAGCGGAAGAACGUCUCAGCGUUUCUUGUUCAGGCUGGGAUCGUGAAAAAGGAGCAUAUCAAAAUCCAUGGUUUUUGA